UGAGUUCUGACUAAAUUAAUGAAGCAGUAAACUACCGUUUUAAGAUUGUGCUGGGAGGCACUGCAUCUGUCUGGAUAAAUGCACAAAUGAUCCCUAGUGCUGGGGGCACCCUCUAUUACCAUUCCAAGCACAGCACCUCUAGCCACCCGCGAAAUGGAGCUGGUUCGGUGGCGGGGAAAGGUUGACAGUAGUCAACGACAUCUGUGACGUCCAGACCGGAGGACACAUUGGGUCUGGCGGGGUGUCCGUCUGAAUUAGGUCGCGUUGAGCCAGCAUAUCAUCCGCGGACCUGCCGACAAAAAGCGAUGCAAACAUUUGGCUGCUGUAACGCGAUCCGAAUUCAGCACCCGCCGUCAGUAGACAGCGCAGAAUAGAUAGCUGCCUGUCUCUUCAAAGGCGUUUUCUCUGCUAAACGGUGCAUGCUGGUGGAAUGCGCAGAGUCAAGCCACUGUGUUGAAGCUGGAAAGCUGCAAAGCUGCACCCUCAAAGCGAUAGCGGGACCCUAUUCACCUGCAGUUUUUUAGACAGGCAACUUCCAGUGAGCAUUUUCCACGAAGAUCAACCAGGGAAGGAAAGCGUUGGAAUGUUGCUUUGUAUGCUGGUCAUGGAUUUCUUGAAGGGCAUCGGCGGUUUCGAAGGCCAUUGUCACAGACUAUUGUAGGAUCCAGCGCACAUUUUUGGGGUCCUGAGUCAAGGAACCCCCAUUUACAUUGCACAGAAUUCUGUCAAAAUGCAUUGGCGUUCAUAACAGCAUUUGUUGAAGAAUGUACGCGGUACUACCCUAGAUCGAACAUAACUGAUGUUCCGUCUUCAAGGUGUGUUAGCCUAACUGCAAAGCCUGAUGGAGACCCUGUUAGUUUACCUGAUGGUACUUGGCAUGGCUGUAAAAGCCCACAAGGUCCAGGUGUGCCCAAAACGCUGUGUCUGCCAGAUGCUUAACCCCAACCUAGCAACCCUCUGCGACAAGAAGGGUCUCCUCUUCGUCCCGCCCGACAUCGACCGUCACACCGUGGAGAUGCGUCUGGGCGACAACUUCGUUACGAGCAUCAAACGACGGGACUUCGCCAACAUGACCAAACUGCAAGACAUGACGUUGUCUCGGAACACCAUUGGCUCCAUCUCGCCUCACGCCUUUAAAGAUCUGGAGAACCUCAGAGCCUUGCAUCUGGACAGCAACCGUCUGACGAGGCUCACCAACGACACCUUCAGUGGGAUGUCCAAGCUCCAACAUCUCAUUCUCAACAACAAUCAGCUGAUUCACAUCCACAUCGGGGCCUUCAAUGAUCUCACAGCUCUAGAGGAGUUAGAUCUGUCCUACAACAACUUAGAAAGCGCCCCCUGGGUGGCCAUCCAGAGAAUGACCAGCCUCCACACCCUGGGCUUGGACCACAACAUGCUUAGCUACAUUCCUGAGGGAACCUUCUCUGGCCUGCAGAAGCUCAAACGCCUUGACGUCACAUCCAACAAGCUCCAGAAGCUUCCGCCAGACCCAGUGUUCCAACGGGCCGGCGUCUUGGCCACAUCAGGGAGCUUGGGUCCGACAUCAUUUGCGUUGAGUUUUGGGGGGAACCCACUGAGGUGUAACUGUGAGCUGCUGUGGCUGAGGAGGCUGAGGAGGGAGGAUGAUCUGGAGACAUGUGCGGCUCCGCAGCACCUGGCUGGGCGAUACUUCUGGACCGUGUCUGAAGAAGAGUUCCUCUGUGAGCCCCCUCUUAUCACCAGACACUCCCAGGAGCUGCGAGCAUUGGAGGGUCAGAGUGUAGCUCUGCGCUGUAAGGCCAGGGGCGACCCAGACCCCAUCAUCCACUGGAUCGCCCCAGACGGCCGGCUCAUGUCCAACUCCUCCCGGGCUGCGGUGCACAGUGAUGGGACCCUGGACAUUCUUAUCAGCACUGUGAAGGACUCAGGCUCCUUCAUCUGUGUUGCCUCCAACCCGGCCGGGGAGUCCCAACAAACUGUUGACCUGGUGAUCGCCAAACUCCCACACAUCACCAACAGUACUGUGGAGAAGGAACAGGAUCCAGGUUCUUCUGAUAUCGCCACGGUAACGAGGACGGGUGGUGGUGGGGAAGGCGGAGGAGUGGUUCCACUGGGAAACACAAAGACGAGCCAGGAGAAGAAGGUGGUGAUCGCUGAGGCCACGUCUACCUCGGCCCUGGUCAGGUUCAGCUUCCAAAGAAGUAUACCGGGCAUCCGAAUGUUCCAGAUCCAAUACAACGGAACCUACGAUGACUCUCUGGUUUACAGAAUGAUCCCUCCGAGCAGUAAGAGUAUCCUGGUGAACAACCUGGCUGCCGGUACACAGUACGACCUGUGUGUGCUGGCCAUCUACGACGACCUGGUGACCUCCCUGACUGCCACGCGGGUUGUGGGGUGCGUCCGCUUCACCACCGAUCCCCAGUACCUCCGCUGCCACUUCAUGCAGUCCCAGUUCCUGGGAGGGACCAUCGUGGUCAUGAUCGGAGGGAUCAUCGUGGCGUCCGUCUUAGCCUUCAUCGUCUUCCUCAUAGUGAGGUACCGAGUCUGUAACCAAAGCGAUGAGGAUAAGGCUUUGGAAAUGGGUGAGAUCCGGUCUCUGAGCAGUGAUGGUCAGCUCCAGGGCUGCGGCAUCCCCAAGUCCAUGUCCAAGUCUCUGUCCAAGCAGAUUCUCUGUCUGGAGAAACCAGAGAAGGUGGAUAAGGAGUAUCUGAGGGUGGGCCUUCCUCCCCCUGAGCUGUUCAAGCAGCAGCGACCCCCAGUCCUGACCACCACCACAUCCACCAAGCCAUCCAUUCCCGACUGCCAGACAAAUGUGGAGUUAGAGAACACAAACCGGAAUAACUCAGCGGAAGCUAAAAUGGUUGUUUCCGCCGUUUCCACAAAAUGGACAAAGGUCACUAGAGGGCCAAGCCCCCCUGGAGGGUCCUCCCACCAUUACAUGACAGUGCCAGCAGGGGGCGUGAGGGUGAACCGGCGGCACUCUCUGAACAUGGACUCGUACAAGGAGUGCUGCUACUUCAGCCUGAUACAGCAGCAGCAGCCAAAGCCUGGUAGGGGUUUGCGCUCCAAACGCAGUCUGUCCAUGAGUGGAGAACUGCCCCAGUUGGAAAGUGCAAUGGCAAACAUACAUAGAAGCAGAGACAAGCUGUAUGGGUCCGAGUGGCUUCUCGAAAGCACUCUAUGAUCAGGAUUUUACAGGUUUAUAGGGUUUUUGUUUUCUUGGAUUGGAUUUGUGGCCUGUGGUGGAGCAGACAGUGACUUUAUACCUUGUUCAGACUGUUACUGCGGUCUUUAGUCUGCAAGACCCACAGAUUCCUCUUGUAUUUCUGAAGACAAGGAGGCCAAACAGGGUUUUAAAGGGCAAAUGUUUAACAUUUGUUUAUCGACCUUAAAGCAAAUAUCUUCUCAAAGUCAUCUUUAUAUUGACUUUGGAUAAAACUGAAGGCACCAAAAAAUGUAUAAAGCAACUUCAUGUACAAAAUUGUUAAGUUGUGUAACAUGUUAUGCGAUACACCCGUAAGUGUUCACAUGGUAUUAAAUGCAGAUGGAAGUCUAGCAUUAUAGAGAGAGAGGGAGAGAAAGGGAUGGACGAUUAUACUUGUUAUAACAUUGCCUGUUACGUAAAGUGAUUACAAUCACUGUGUAGACAAUGAAUGGACAUAUUUCUUGUCAUCAGUUUUCUAGACGGUUGAAGACAUGUCUUCAUUAACUCGGUGGCAUUUGGAGGGAUUGCGAAUGUGCAGAACACCCCAGACAGAAGUGUAGAACAGAAUGUACUCAGGCUGUGUGUGACAUAGCACCCUAUUCCCUAUAGUGCACUCUGGUCAAAAGUAGUGCACUAUAUUGGGAAUAUGGUGCCAUUUAGUCUGGUGACAGAGCUGGAUAUUUUCAUCAUGCUGCACCAGACACGCAGCACAAUGCUGCAUUCACGUUACCCGGCAUCGAUUGAGCUUAACACUGCCCUCUUGUUUGAAUCAAUACAUUUUAUCACAUAAUUACACAUAAAGACUUAUGUUCAUAGGAUUAUUGUCACAGCUGAUAUGAUAGUUCAAACAAAGACAGGAUGACAAGAGCGAUAAAGGAUGUGUGGUCCAUUUUCAUGGUUUUUACAGUUAUUAAAACAUUGUCAUGUCAGGCUAAGAGUCGUUGUAAAUUGACUUGUCGGUGAAGAGGAAACGAAAGCCAAAAAACAGUAUCUGAGAAGUCGGCUCUUGAUUUAACUGUUGUUUCUGUUUGAUGUUUACCAGUAUAAAUAAACCAAUGAGAAAAAGGAAUCUAAUAGUAGUUUUAACCUUAUGAUAUCUUAUGAUAUAUGCUUGUGACAUAAUUUACCAGGUACCUAUAGAGAGCAAUGUUGACUAUUUGUAGACACUAACUCUGCCAUGGUCCGUUGAACAAAGCCUAUGGGAAAAUGUAUAGAGUUUUUGGAUAAACGCUGAAAAUAAGGUCUGUGGUACACACAGGCUUAGGAGAUCUUAUACGUUUUGUUCUAUGCCAUAAUCUUCAUCAACUAACAUCACUUUUUGUGAAUUUUGGUAAUUCAAAAAUAACGCACAUAAAGUCUUCAUAAUUCAUAAAGGUCAUGUUAACUGACAUAUUAUCUUAUAGAACAAAACGUAUAAGAUCUCAUAAGCCCGUGUUAACCUCAGAUCUUAUUUUCGGCAUUUAUUCUUUCUCCAUAAAUUUUGCUCAUAGGAAUGACUGACUACAAGCUGUCAAGCUCUAUUGUUGCUUUCUUAAAGGGACGCUCUGCAGUUACUUCAUCAAUAUUUGGACUUCUGUGUUAAUGAAAUGUACCCAUCGAUUCUUGAAGAAUAUAAUUUAUAAAUGCCCCAUCAGCUUAGUUUAACUGUAGCCAAUUCAGACCCCAAAAUAGAAACUUGUUUCACUUCAAUGUUUGUUGACAAUGAAAAUGUAAACAAACAGGUUGUUUCCAUUACAAACAACCUUUAAUCUCGAGUCACGACUGAAAAACAAAUGAGAUAAGGUUCGGUAUAAUCUUAAAGCAUUUUUAACUCUCCAACUCAUCCCAAACCAUCUCAAUUGGGUUGAGGUCAGGUGAUUGUGGAGGCCAGGUCAUCUGAUGCAGCACUACAUCACUCUCCUUCUUGGUCAAAAAGCCCUUACACGGCCUAGAGUUGUGUUAGGUCAUUGUCCUGUCGAAAAAAACUAAUGAUAGUGCCACUAAGCGCAAACCAGAUGGGAUGGCGUAUUGCUGCAGAUGGGAUGGCAUAUUGCUACAUAUUGCAAUCUCUGAACAGUUGAUGUUGAGAUGUGUCUGUAACUUGAACUCUGUGAAGCAUUUAUUUGGCCUGCAAUUUCUGAUGGUAACUCUAAUGAACUUAUCUUCUGCAGCAGAGGUAACUCUGGGUCUUCCCUUUCUGUGGCGGUCCUCAUGAGAGCCAGUUUCAUCACAGUACAUGAUGGUUUUUGCGACUGCACUUGAAGAAGUGUUCAAAGUUCUUGAAAUUGUCUGGACUUAUAGACCUUCAUGUCUUAUUGUAAUGAUGGACUGUCAUUUCUCUUUGUUUAUUUGAGCUGUCCUUGCCAUCAUAUGGACUUGGUUAUUUACCAAAUAGGGUUAUAUUCUGUAUAUCCCCCCCACCUUGUCACCACACAACUGUUUGGCUCAAAUGCAUUAAGAAGGAAAUAAAUUCCACAAAUUAACUUUUAACAAGGCAUACCUGUUAAUUGAAAUGCGUUCCAGGUGACUACCUCGUGAAGCUGGUUGAGAGAAUACCAAGAAUGUGUAAAGCCGUCAUCAAGGCAAAGGGUGGCAACUAAGAAGAAUCUCAAAUAUAAAAUAUAUUUUGAUUGAACACUUUUUGGGGUUACUACAUGAUUCCAUGUGUGUUAUUUCAUAGUUUUGAUGUCUUCACUAUUAUUCUACAAUGUAGAAAAUAGUCAAAAUAAAGAAAAACCCGGGAAUGAGUAGGAUUGUCCAAACGUUUGACUGGUAAUGUAUGUCAGCCAAACAGGCCAGGCUGGAGCGAAAGGCACUUGUAUUUAUUAUUUCUCUCUCAUUAUGGAUGAUUAAAAUGUGUAGCGGAGGA